AUGUCUAGAACUGGGCGUCGCCAUAGUCCUCCUGCGCUCACGUCGCCUAAGAAGCAGUUGCUUUACUACUGCAUGCCGAAAGGUGUCUUAAGUUCUUCGUUCUUUUCCACUUUAAAGGUAUGCGACGUAAGUGAUCGAGCUGUAUGGUGCCUCUCUUCGUGUAAGAGCAACCAUGGGAUUAAUGAAUUGCUUAACGAAUCGUUGGAUACUUACUGGCAGUCUGACGGACCACAGCCUCACACCGUCACUGUGCAAUUUCCCCAGAAGACAAUUAUCUCUGAGAUUUGUCUCUAUAAUGACUACAAAGUGGACGAGAGUUAUACGCCCAGCCGAAUCGCAAUCCGGGUGGGCAAUCAUGUGGGUGAUCUGGUGGAGUUGACGGAAGUAGAGCUGCAUGAGCCCUCCGGUUGGUCAGUGCUACCGCUGCGAUGGCCAAAUGGGGCGCCAGUGAGUUUGUUUACCCUCCAGCUGCGCAUCCUUGCCAAUCAUCAGAACGGUCGCGACACCCACCUUCGUGCCAUUCGCCUCUUUGCGCCCCUCGUUCGAACUGGUCUUGAUGCCGCCCUUAAUCAGGCUCUCUUCACCACUCUGGAGGCACGUCGUCACACUACCAUCCGAUAA